GGGCCGGACCUCAACUCCCCGUUUUCCCCUCCACUACUGCUGCUUACAGCCUCCAACCGCCAUCGCUGACUCCUUCAGAGCUCGAGAGCAAAGAGGAAGAGGAGGAAGAGGAGGAAGAGGAAAACCUAGUUCUAUCUGAUCAUGGAAGAGGAGGCCGAGAAAAUGGCGGCUCUGAAGAGGGCCUAUGCGGACAUCAUCCUCAAUACCGCAAAGGAAUCGGCGGCGCGGGUUCUUUCGGCGGAGCGCAGGGCGCUUGGUUUUCAGCAAAGCCUCUUCGCGGCCAAGGAGGACGCUGUGGCCGCCAUGGUCCGGUUAAAGGCCAUCAUGGAGGAUAAGAUUAGAGAAGCCGAGAAGGAAGCUUUGUAUCAGGCAAAGAAGAUUGACGAGCUUGAACUUCAGCUUGGGGAAGCAGAGGAUACAAUAGUUGAUCUUAGAGAAGAUCUAAAAAAAGUGAGGGAAGAAUUGAUGAUAAUAAAAAAUGGUUCAGUUUGGCCAUUGAGUGAAGGAAACAUAAAUGAAAUCUUUAUGGCAUCCAAAAAUGUAGGGAAGGAAACUAGUUCUGGUAACUUGAAUGGACUUGGAAAUAUGCCAAUUAUCUCUAAUAAUAUGACAUCAUUGACUCAGAAAACCACUGAUACCGAUCUGUGUUGCCUUCGAAAUGCUGAAAAAGCUGAAUAUCCUAAAGAAUUUUCAGAGGGUGAAUCUCCAGGAAACACUGAUUUGGCUUCUAUAAUAUGGAGAAAAGUACCUGAGCUUUAUAGGAAAGGUUAUACCCAACGAAUCCAUGCACUGGAGCAUGAUUUGAUAUCUUCAAAGGGGCCUGAUCUUCAAAUUCCCUGUAAAACAGAUUCUGCAAUUUCAGAUAAUAGAACAACACAGGUUAAGGAUGCUUUGAUGUUUAAAGUGACAGAGGAAGAAAUAGGCUUCUGCCACACUGUAGAUACUGAACAAGAACCAGGUUGCAGUGGGAAAGUUUAUUCUAUUUCCUCCGAUGGAUUUUUGUCACCCAGAAAGAAAAGAAUGAUAAAUAACCAGUCGAAUGCUUUCCCUGAUGGUAUUUUUUCAGAUGAAUUAAAGUCUUGUAUCAUUAGCUCUAAGUUCACGGUCCAUGAUAAUUGGAAUGAAACCGAAGCACCCAAGGAAACUCGAACUCCUUUUAUUGGUGAAACUACAGAAGAUAGAAAGUGUUUUGCAGAGAUUUCUGCAGAAAAGGAAAGUUUGAUGUUGAAUAGAUGUAGAUUGGAUGCGUCUAUAAAGAUGGAACGAAUGGAGAUCAAGCAGUGCUCCAAAGGAAUAACCUGCCAAAACUUUCAGAAGCAAAACCAGUCUGUUUGUGAAGAUAAAUUUCUGCAGAAUUCAUUGAGUAACAGUGAAUAUGCGAAUGAUCGUUUCUUAGAAAGGACAUUUUCCAUUGAGGAAGAUGUAGAAAAUAGAAGAGAAGUGGCGAUAGAUUCAAAGGAAGAAGAGGAAAAUUUAACAGAAAAUUCGGACGAUCUAAAAACUGAAACCAAAGAUAUCGCAAAUGGAACUGCUCAAACUGGAACAGAUAAAUUCCUGAAAUAUACCUUCCAGAGGAAAAGAAAGAAGGAAUUUUCUCCUACAAAAAAUGAGAUCAACUUCGCUGAGAAAAAGCCAACUUUGAAGCCAAAAUCUGUGGAUAAGCAAAAUUCAGUGCCUGUAUCUUCGAAAUCUAGUUUGGCAACUGACUUACCUCGAGAUAAUAGGCGACUCGUUCAAGUUGCUCGCCAGCUGAUUUCUUUGUCUGAGAAGAGGUGGUGAUGUUCUUUCUUCCAUUCAUCUUUUUGAUCCAACAAGAAAAUUUCCAUCCAGAAACAUAUUUCAGAAGAUGGCCAACCGCUCAAUGCUGGAGAGGGGCUGCUGUCAGAAUAUCACAAUUAAUUUGUUGUGGUAUGAAAACAUUAGGCAUGGCUCUGUUAGCUAAAGGUUGAAUCUAGAAAAUGUUAGAUGCAUAUAUCAAAAUAGCAGAGCUGCUGCGUUGUAAAAUGUGGAAUAUGAGAAUGCAGGCCUCUUUGCUGGG